AUGGGUGUUGGCCGGAGGAAGCUGGCCCCACUCUGGGGCCUGGUUCUCGCCCUGGCCUGUGCCCAGCACACAGACCAGGCCCAGGAUGGCUCCUCCACAUCCAGCUAUGAGUACCACAGCAACCUCCCUCUCAGCACCCAGGGGCCUGGUGGUGACACCCUCCACGGGGUGACUGUCUUCCCACCCCUGAGGACCACCCCCGUGGUACGAGCCCUGAACUCCACGCACAACGGACGGGUGUGCAGCACCUGGGGCAACUUCCACUACAAGACCUUUGAUGGGGACGUUUUCCGCUUCCCCGGCCUCUGCAACUACGUGUUCUCCGCGCACUGCGGCGCUGCCUACGAGGACUUCAACAUCCAGCUGCGCCGCGGCCUGGCAUCCAAUGCCACCACACCAAGCAGGGUGACCAUGAAGCUGGAUGGCAUGGUGGUCGAGCUGACCAAGAGCUCCGUCCUGGUCAACGGCCACCUGAUCCAGCUGCCCUUCAGCCAGUCCGGGGUCUUCAUCGAGCAGAGCAGCGGCUACCUGAAGGUGGUGGCCAGGCUUGGCCUGGUCUUCAUGUGGAACCAGGACGACAGCCUCUUGCUGGAGCUAGACUCCAAAUAUGCCAACAAGACCUGUGGGCUCUGCGGAGACUUCAAUGGUGUCCCCGUGCUCAAUGAGUUCCUCUCCCACAACACCAGGCUGACUCCCAUCGAGUUUGGGAACCUGCAGAAGAUGGACGGCCCCACGGAGCAGUGUCAGGACCCCGUCCCUGAGCCUCUGAAGAACUGCUCAACCAGCCUUGACAUCUGUGAGGAACUCCUGAGCAGCCGGUCGUUCUCGGGCUGCACGGACCUGGUGAACGUCAGCAGCUACCUCGAGGCCUGCCAGCAGGACUUCUGCUUCUGCGAGCGCGACGGCCUUACCGGCUGCGUCUGCGACACGCUGGCUGAAUACUCCCGGCAGUGCACCCACGCCGGGGGGCUGCCCCAGGACUGGAGGAGCCUCGACCUCUGCCCCCAGACAUGCCCUCACAACAUGCGAUACCACGAGUGCCGCUCGCCCUGCACCGACACCUGCUCCAACCGGGAGCACUCCCAGGCCUGCGAGGACCACUGCGUGGCAGGCUGCUUCUGCCCGGAGGGGACGGUGCUUGACGACAUCAGCCAGGCUGGCUGCAUCCCUGCGUCCCAGUGCUCCUGCACAUACAAUGGGGCCACCUACGCUCCGGGGGACGUCUACUCCACAGACUGUACCAACUGCACCUGCUCUGGAGGCCAGUGGAGUUGUGAGGAGGUCCCAUGCCCGGGCACGUGCUCGGUGCUGGGCGGUGCCCACUUCUCCACCUUCGAUGAGAAGAAGUACACGGUGCAUGGAGACUGCAGCUACGUGCUGACCAAGUCCUGUAACAGCAGCGCCUUCACCGUGCUGGCCGAGCUGCGCAGGUGUGGGCUGACGGACAACGAGAACUGCCUCAAGAGCCUGACUCUGAGCCUGGACGGGGGGCACACGGUCAUCGUGGUCAAGGCCAGUGGGGAGGUGUUUGUGAACCAGAUCUACACCCAGCUCCCUGUCUCUGCAGCCAACGUCACCCUCUUCAGGCCCUCAACCUUUUUCGUCAUCGCCCAGACCACCCUGGGCCUGCAGCUGGACAUCCAGCUGGUCCCCACCAUGCAGGUGUUUGUGAGGCUGAUGCCUGAGCUCCGGGGUCUGACCUGUGGUCUCUGCGGGAACUUCAACAGCAUCCAGGCCGACGACCUCCGCACCAUCAGCGGGGUGGUGGAGGGCACGGCUGCCGCCUUCGCCAACACCUGGAAGACCCAGGCCUCCUGCCCCAACGUCAAGAGCAGCUUCGAGGACCCCUGCUCCCUGAGCGUGGAGAACGAGAAGUACGCCCAGCACUGGUGCUCACGACUGACCGACACCGACGGCCCCUUCACCCGGUGCCACACCGCCGUGGACCCAGCCACCUACUACUCGAACUGCAUGUUCGACACGUGCAACUGUGAGAAGAGCGAAGACUGUCUGUGCGCGGCCCUGUCCUCCUACGUGCAUGCCUGCGCCGCCAAGGGCGUGCUGCUCAGCGGCUGGAGGGGCGGCGUCUGCACAAAGUCAUUGACCACCUGCCCCAAGUCCAUGACCUACCACUACCAUGUCAACACCUGCCAGCCCACCUGCCGCGCCUUGAGCGAAGAGGACGUCACCUGCCAGGUCAGCUUCGUCUCCGUGGACGGCUGCACCUGCCCCACAGGCACCUUCCUGGAUGAUGCUGGCAAGUGUGUGUCGGCCACCAGCUGUCCCUGCUACUACAGGGGCUCCGUGGUCCCCAACGGGGAGUCGGUGCACGACAGCGGAGCCGUCUGCACCUGCACACGGGGCAAGCUGACCUGCGUUGGAGGCCCUCUCCCCUCCCCAGAAUGUGCCGCACCCAUGGUUUAUUUUGACUGCCGCAACACCACAUCCGGGGACACUGGGGCUGGCUGUCAGAAGAGCUGCCACACCCUGGACAUGGCCUGUUACAGUUCCCAGUGUGUGUCUGGCUGCAUCUGCCCCGAUGGGCUAGUGGCAGAUGAUAAUGGCAGCUGCAUCGCGGCAGAGGCCUGCCCCUGCGUGCACAACGAGGCCAGCUACCAGGCUGGCCAGAGCAUCCGCGUGGGCUGCAACACCUGCACCUGUGAGAGCAGGAUGUGGCAGUGCACGGAGGAGCCCUGCCUGGCCACCUGUGCUGUGUAUGGAGACGGCCACUACCUCACCUUUGAUGGGCAGAGCUACAGCUUCAACGGGGACUGCGAGUACACGCUGGUGCAGGACCACUGUGGCAAGAACAGCAGCGUCAAGUAUGCCUUCCGCGUCAUCACUGAAAAUGUCCCCUGUGGCACCACAGGAACCACCUGCUCCAAGGCCAUCAAGAUCUUCCUGGGGAGCACGGAGCUGAAGCUGAGUGACGGGAAGGUGGAGGUGAUCGAGCAGGGCACGGGGCAGGAGGUGCCCUACUCCAUCCGUCACAUGGGCAUCUACCUGGUGGUGGACACCGAGGCUGGCCUGGUGCUGCUGUGGGACAGGAGGACCAGCAUCUUCAUUAGACUCAGCCCUGAGCUCAAGGGCAAGGUCUGCGGGCUGUGCGGGAACUUUGACGGCAACGCCAUCAACGACUUCACCACGCGGAGCCAGUCCGUGGUGAGCAACGCGCUGGAGUUUGGAAACAGCUGGAAGUCCUCCCCAACCUGCCCGGACGCCCAGGCGCCCAAGGACCCCUGCACCGCCAACCCUUACCGCAAGUCCUGGGCCCAGAAGCAGUGCAGCAUCAUCAACAGCCCUGUGUUCGCCGCCUGCCACGACCACGUGGAGCCCACCAAAUACCAUGAGGCUUGCGUGAGCGACUCGUGCGCCUGUGACACAGGGGGUGACUGUGAGUGUUUCUGCACCGCCGUGGCCGCUUACGCCCAGGCCUGCCACGAGGUGGGCGUGUGCGUGUCCUGGAGGACCCCGGACAUCUGCCCUCUGUUCUGCGACUACUACAACCCCCAGGGCCAGUGUGAGUGGCACUACCAGCCCUGUGGGGCGCCUUGCAUGAAGACCUGCCAGAACCCACGAGGGCAGUGCCUGCAUGAUAUCCACGGCCUCGAAGGCUGCUACCCCAAGUGCCCACCUGAGGCUCCCAUCUUCGAUGAGGACAAGAUGCAGUGUGUCCCCAAAUGCCCACCGUCACCCUGCCAGGUCCAUGGGAAAUCGUACCAGCCGGGCACAGCCGUGCCCUCCGACCAGAACUGCCAGUCCUGCGUCUGCACCGAGAGCGGCGUGCAGUGCACCCAUGACGCCGAGGCCUGUGUCUGCACCUAUGACAAGCAGCACUUCCGUCGUGGGGACAUCAUCUACCACACAACAGAUGGCACCGGCGGCUGCAUCUCUGCCCGCUGCGGAGCCAACGGCACCAUCGAGAGGAAUGUCUCCGAUUGCAGCUCCACCACCCCCGUGCCCCCGACCACCUUCGCCUUCUCCACCAUCCUGCUUGGCACGAGCUUGACCCGCGCCCCCAGCAUUGGCCCUGGCCCCACCCAGAGCACAGUGCACCCGGGCCCUCCGUCCACUGUUCCCUCAGGCAUUUCCUCCAGGACGACACCUGCCUGGGUCUCCGCCUCAACCAGCUGUGGGGAAGAGUGCCAGUGGUCAGCGUGGCUGGAUGUCAGCCAUCCUGGACGGGGCAAACACAGCGGGGACUACGAUACACUGGAGAACCUCCGUGCACAUGGAUAUUGGGUGUGCCAGGAACCAAGGGCAGUGGAGUGCCGUGCUGAGGACGCCCCUGAGGUGCCACUUCAGGUCCUGGGGCAGCACGUGGAGUGUAGCCCGGUAGUGGGGCUGACCUGCCACAACAGGGACCAGGCAUCGGGUCUGUGCCACAACUACCAGAUCAGGGUCUUCUGCUGCAACCCUCUGGCCUGCCGCACCUCCAGCGGUCCAGCUCAGACCACCCCUCCGACCUCCAGCACCACUGAAACUGGGGCCACAUCCACAGAACGACAGUCCACAGCCUCUCCAGCUCCUGUCACCACAACUGGCCCAGUCCCUCUAUCUACAGCUAGUACAACCCCUGCCCGAGGUCCCUCUACACCUGCCCCAAGAAUCUCUACAUCUGCCAAAACAACUUUCUCAACCCCCAGCCCAACUCCAGUGCCAACAACCACUUCAACAGCAUCCCCCGUGUCUACCACAGCCACAGGGACCUCAGGGGCCCCAAGUACUCCAACAUCCAUCCAUCAACCCAGCCAUAACCCCUGCUUCCAGGAGCUCUGCACUUGGACAGAGUGGAUCGACGGCAGCUACCCUGGGUCUGACAGAAACAGUGGAGAUUUUGAUACUUUCAAACAUUUGAGAGCCGAGGGAUAUAAAUUCUGUGAAAGGCCCACAAGUGUGCAGUGUAGGGCAGCGAGCUUCCCCAAUACCCCACUGUCGGAGCUGGGGCAGGUGGUAACCUGCAAUGCCAAGGUGGGGCUGAUCUGCCUAAACAAGGACCAGCUACCGCCAAUCUGCCUCAACUACGAGAUCCGCAUCCAGUGCUGCCAGACGGUGGACGUGUGCACAGAGAAGCCUGUGACCACACAGUCCACCAGGCACAAAACCAGCACCAAAAUGCAGGCCACCUCGACCACAGAAAGCCAACCAACCUCCACAGAGCACACACCUACCAGCUCAGCACCCGUGACGAGAGAAACAAGAGUCACAUCAGGCACAGGCAUGAUUCCCGAGCCAACAACCAGAGGCUGCCAGUUGCAGUGCUCCUGGACAAGGUGGUUUGACGUGGACUUCCCGUCCUCUGAACCCAACAGUGGAGAUAAUGAAACCUAUGGCAACAUCAUCAGGAGUGGAGAAAAAAUCUGUCACCGGCCCGAAGAAAUCAUGCGGCUGCAGUGCCGAGCGGUGACCCACCCUGAGGUGAGCAUCGACAAGCUGGGCCAGGUGGUGAAGUGUGACCAAGACGUGGGCUUGGUGUGCCGGAACCGCGACCAGCAAGGAUCUCCCAAGAUGUGCCUCAACUACGAGGUGCGCGUGCUGUGCUGCAAGACCCCUGAAGGCUGUCCUACCACAGGAUCUGUCACACUUCCCAGCACCCCAACUGAGAGCAUCACCAGCCAAACUCAGGGAACCUCCUCUGUGCCGUCAGCCAGCACGACCUCCACGAAAAUGUCCGGCACACCCUCUGCUCAAACAACCAGAACAAGCUCUCCUUCUACAACCAGCACAUCCUCUCCUUCUACAACCAGCACAACCUCUGCUCCCAUAACCAGGACCAUCUCUCCUCCUACAAGCAGCACACCCUCAGCUCCUACAACCAGCACAACCUCUUCUUCCACUACCAGCACAACCUCUCCUCCUAGAACCAGCACACCCUCUGCUCCUACACACAGCAAAACCUCUGCUCCUACAAUCAGCACACCCUCUGCUCAAACAACCAGAACAAGCUCUCCUUCUACAACCAGCACAACCUCUGCUCCUACGAGUAGCCCGACCUCUCCACUGACAACCAGCACAACCUCUUCUUCUACAACCAGCACAUCCUCCAGUCCUGUAGCUACACAUAGCCCUGUCCCCAUCACCGGCACUACCUCUAUGUCUACGACCAGCCCCAGCAAUGUUCCUACACCUGAGACAACUCAAUCCCCCUCCACGACCAGAGGCUGCCAGUUGCAGUGCUCCUGGACAAGGUGGUUUGACGUGGACUUCCCGUCCUCUGGACCCGACAGUGGAGAUAAUGAAACCUACGGCAACAUCAUCAGGAGUGGAGAAAAAAUCUGUCACCGGCCCGAAGAAAUCACGCGGCUGCAGUGCCGAGCGGUGACCCACCCCGAGGUGAGCAUCGACAAGCUGGGCCAGGUGGUGAAGUGUGACCAAGACGUGGGCUUG